GGAAUUCGGCUACCCAGUUUCCAUUCAACGAUAUGGAGAACUAUUGAAUUCCACACUGAUUCGUCCUGACCCAUUUACCUCGCCCCCUACCCCACUGAGAGAUGGACACACAUUUCAUCUUCGUCUCGGAUCUCGUUAUGAGCCGGUUGAGACGCGGCCGUCGAGCUGGUUUUGAACAACCCGCGCCGGAGCUCCAAUUACGGCAGCUGUCUGUCAUAAUAAUUGACGGAGGGGGAUCUGCACGGAUCAUCGAUCAGUUCCGGCCGGACGCAGCGUUUAUUGUCGUUGGUGCAAGUCUCACCACAGGCGCCAAUCGAGCGCCUGGGGAACUUGAAAAGGUCUCCUGGAAGUGAAGGUCUUCAAUGCGCUUCUCACAAGACCUGCCGGAUCAGCGAGAAUAUAGGCAGGUUUUGGCUCAAGUGAAUUUCUAUAUGGAACAGCACCACACCCAGUACGGGUCUAUCCUCUCAGACGCCGAGCUUGUCGCAGUGAAACGACUG